GCCCAGGACACACCCAUGAGGAGGAGGAGGAAGGGGAGCGGGAGGGUGGAGCUAUGGCCCCAAGCCGGGCUCCUGUUAGUUGCUCCAGCCUCCACCCUUUUGGUUCCUAACUCCCAUCCCCAACUAGACAGCCACAGCUGCCUUCCUGCCGGCUCCCUGCCUACUGCUGACCUGAGAGAAGAGUUCCUCAAGGUCAAGGCCAUGGCCCAAGUACCCGUUAACCUGGAUCUGUGCCCAAGUACCUGGGAACCUUUGGAGCCAGCUCAGAUUCAGAAGCUCAUCAGCAGGAGCCAAGAAGCCAAGAAGUUUGCCUACUGUCCCUACAGUAACUUCCCAGUGGGGGCAGCUCUCCUGACCCAGGAUGGGAAGAUUUAUUCAGGAUGUAACAUAGAAAAUGCCGCCUACCCAUUAGGCAUCUGUGCAGAACGCACUGCCAUUCAGAAGGCCAUCUCGGAAGGACACAAAGAGUUCCGGGCUAUUGCUAUCACCAGUAACUUGAAGAAUGACUUUAUCGCACCAUGUGGAGCCUGUAGACAAGUAAUGAGAGAGUUUGGAAAACACUGGUACGUCUACAUGACAAAAGCAGAUGGUACGUAUGAUGUCAGCACCGUCCACGAACUCCUGCCUAGAUCAUUUGGACCAGAUGACCUGAAGAAGUCCAAGUAAAGCCUGACAAUGGAGUUGUCCAACUGAAAGCCUUUUCAAGCACCUGUGCAGAUUCCCUCUUAGAAUUUUCCAGUAUCAUCAUCCCCACUGCAACAUGAUAUGACUUUAUCCAAUGCUGCCUAGGUCGGAAGCACUGACUGCAUCUCCUGUUCAGUCUCGAGACCUCUUUACCAUUUAUAUUUGAAGUGCCUUGAAUAUACUGCCUAGUAAUAAUGGAAAGUACAGCAAUCCGGGAGUCCAGAGGCCUGUGUUGUAUUCCCAGCUCUGCCUCUAACUUCCUAUGUGACCUCAGAAGUUCACUCUGAACUCUGCAAGCUUCAGUUUCUUUUGUUAUCAAAUCAGAAUGUUGGCCUAAAUCAGGGACUCUUAAGUUUGCAUCCUGGAUAUACUGCAACAUAUUUAGCAUAUAUAGGACUGCUUGCCAUCUUGGGGGGGGGAGGGGGAGGAGGGAGGGAGGGAGGGGAAAAGACGAGACAUAAGCGAUUGCAAGGGAUAAUGUUGUAUAAAGAUUAUCCUGGCAUGGAUUCUGUCAAUACAAAGUUAUUAUUAAAUAAAAUAAAAUUUAAAAAAAAAAAGUUUGCAUCCUGGACAGUCUGGAGAAGUCUAUGGAUCCCUUCUCAAAAGAAUGUUUUUAAAUACACAAAAUAAAAUACAUAGAACUGAUUUUAUUGAAAUACUAAUAACAAAAAAAUGUUUUUUUUUCAAAAAUAACAACAAAAACGAGUUCAUGGAGUCCAGGUUAAGAACCUCUGACCUAGUUAGUCUCCAAUUCACAGUUUUCCAAUUCAAACAUUCUGUGUGUUAAGGUCCAUCCUAUGUGUUCCAGCUCAGAGCUAACAUUCUACUGUUCUCAGCUGUCCGUAGAAACUGUACCAAUCUGAAAUCCUGCUGAGAGCCAAGACCUCUCUCCCCAUCUCCAUUUUCUGUUGUGGAUAGAGUCAAGAAGUAAUUUUAAGUAAGUAAUUUAAAAAAUUAUCCAAUUUCUAUUUUAAUUCUCCAUUGCUGGAACCAAAAUAAUCACUCUUUGGUGGCCAACAUUCUGAUGAUUGUAGCUGGAGCCAUGGGGGCCAAAGUCACUGUGUAUUCAUAAUUUAAGUCCAGCUUCGUCUCUGGAUGCUGCACCUCCUACUCCAUGAGCUCCAAGCCCAAACCAAAAGAUGUGAUUCCUCCCCAAAUGUCACUCAAAAACCCAAAAUGUCAUAACAACCAAGAAAGGACAUAGACCUCUGCUGUUUAAGUGUCAAAUGUCCUUUCUGGGUUGUUGUAUAAUUUGCAUGGUAUCGGUCCCAUCCAAUCUCAAACUUAAGAGGAAAAUGAUCCUCCAUGGUCCUGUCAUUUCUUUUCCUGAAUCCUUGAUACAAUAUUCUUGGGGUAUUAAAUUAUUAAUGUUAAUGAAGUUGCUAUAAAUAUGAUAGACACCCUCAACUAGCCUAUGCUCAGGCCUUGCUCAUUCCAGCCCAUACUCAAUUUAACCAGUUUAUUCACAAAUCCAAUAGAACAAGGAUAAUCAAUAAGACAAGCCUGAUUAUUGGCCUUCAUUAUCUUCUCCCAUUGUAUUAUUUCACUGUCAUUUCUUUUCCUGUGUUUACCACAAAGCCACCUUCAUAUACUUUAUUUUUGUUUGUUUUUGAGAGGUAAUCAGAGGUUGUGACUUACCCAGGAUCACACAGCUGGUAAGUAUCUGAGGCUGAAUUUGCACUAACCUGAACUCUGGUUCUCCUGACUCCAGGCCUGGAGCUCUGUCCACUGGCACACAGCAUCUGUCAGUUGAACCUCUUUAUCCAUAGUGAAAUAACAUCCAACCAACCAGACCCAAUCAGAACAUUCCUCAUCAGUGUCUUGACUUCAAAAUAUUCUUGCCUGAAGUCAGGAACUCUAUGGACACAAUUACAAAACACUUCCCACACAAAUAAAGUCAGAUCUAAUCGGAAAAAUAUCAAGUGCUCAUACAUAGGCCAAGCUAAUAUAAUAAAAAUAACAAUACUUCCUAAAUUAUUCUACUUAUUCAAUGCCAUAUCAAUCAAAUUCUCAAGAAAUUAUUUUACAGAAUAGAAAAAAUCUGGAAGAACAAAAGGUGAAGAAUUCCAAGGGAAUUAAUUUAAAAAUGCAAAUAAAGGUAACCUAGAUCUACUAGAACUCAAACUUAUAUAAAGCAGUGGUCAUCAAAAUCAUUUGAUACUGGCUGAGAAAGAGUAGUCAAUCAAUAAGAUAGAUUAGGUUCACAAGACACAAUAUAAUCAAUGACUCUAGUAAUCCAGUGUUUGAUAAACCAAAAGACUCCAGCUUCUAGGAUAAAAACUCACUAUUGCCAAAAAUUGCUGGGAAAAUUUGAAAUUAGUAUGGCAGAAAUUAGACAUUGACCCACAUCUAAUAUUCUAUACCAAGAUAAGGUUGAAAUGGGGUCAUGAUUUAGACAUAGUGAUACUAAAAGCAAAUUAGAGAAACAAAGAAUAAUCUACCUCUCAGAUCUAUAGAGAAGGAAGGAAUUUGUAUUUCAUAACGUACUCUAGUUUUUCUUUGGCCCCAAAGUGUAUAAUUUUGAUUAUAUUUAAAUUAAAAAAUUUUUGCACAAACAAAACAAAUGCAGUCAAGAUUAGAAGGGAAGCAAUAAACUGGGAAAAUUUGUUUAUAUCCAAGUAUUCUAAUAAAUGCCUCAUUUCUAAAAUAUAUAGAGAAUUGACUCAAAUUUAUAAUAAUUCAAGCCAUUCUCCUAUUGAUAAACAAUUGAAGGAUAUGAAUGGAUAAUUUUCAGAUGAAGAAAUUAAGAGCAUUUCUACUCAAAUGGAAAAAUGCUCUAAAUCACUAUUGAACAGAGAAAUGUAAAUUAAGACAACUCUGAGGUACCAUGACACACCUCUCAUGCUGGCUAAGGUGACAGGGAACGAUAAUAACAAAUGUUGGAGUGGAUGUGGGAAAACUGGGAUACUGAUAUAUUGUUAGAGUUAUGAAUUGAUCCAACCAUUCUGGAGAGAAAUUUGGCACAAUGCUCAAAGGGCUAUCAAACUGUGCAUACCCUUUGAUCCAGCAGUGUCUCUACUGGGCUUGUAUCCCAAAGAACAUAAAAACAGAAAAAGGACCCACAUGUGCAAAAAUGUUUGUGGCAGCCCUUUGUGUAGUGGCAAGAAACUGGAAACUGAGUGGAUGCCCACCAGUGGGGAAUGGCUGAAUAAGUUUUGGUAUAUGAAUGUAAUGAGAUAUUAUAUGUAUAAGAAACAUUCAGCAGGAUGAUUUCAGAGUGGCCUGGAAAGACCUACAUCAACUGAUGCUAAAUGAAGUAGAACCAGGAGAACAUUGUACAUGGCAACAGCAAGAUUAUACGAUUAUCAACAGUGAGGUGAUUUCAGGCCAAUUCCAAUAGAUUUGUGAUGGAGAAAGCCAUCUGCACCCAGAGAGAGGAUUGUGCAAACUAAGAUCACAACAUAGUAUUUUUACUUUUUUUAUUGUUGUUUGCUUGCAUUUUGUUUUCUUUCUUUUUUUUCCUUUUUGAUCUGAUUUUUCUUGUGUAGCAUAAUUGUAGAAAUAUGUAUAGAAAAAUUGCGCAUGUUUAACAUAUUGGAUUACUUGCCAUCCAGUAAGUAAUGGAUGGUAAGGAGAUAAGAGGAAGAAAGAAGAAAAAAAAUUUGGAACACAAUGUUUUGCAAGGGUGAAUGUUGAAUAUUACUUAUGCAUAUGUUUUGAAAACAAAAAGCUUUAAUACUAAAUAAAAUUCAGAAAAUAA